AUGUCGAUGAGGACAUGGGGCCAGAACCUGCUGAAAGCAGUUACUAAUAAUGCUGUUUCCUCCUUGACGAGUAAAAGAUUUAUUAAUAUAGCGGCCAGAAAGGCUACACCUGCAAACUACGUGCUGGCUACCUACAGAGCAUUCCCCUCGCUAGAACCCAUUCGAUUCCAACCUGUUAGCAAAGAUUUACUCGGUUUACCUGUGAGACGUGACAUACUAUGGCAAGCGGCAGUUUACGAACGAGAUGCCGCUCGAGUUGGUUCUCGUGAAAUCCUCGGUAGAGGCGAUAUGGGAUACAGUAAGAAGAAGCUUUUACCGCAGAAGGGAAGUGGUAAAGCCCGUCAAGGUGAUAGAGGUAGUCCUAUUAGACAUGAUGGUGGUAGAGCAUUCGGAAGAGCUCCAGGCCAUGAUUACAGCACUGAGCUUCCUAAACAAGUAUAUGCUAAGGCCAUUCGCACUGCCCUGAGUUAUCAGUAUCAACAGGGCCAUCUGCUUAUCGUAGAUGAUGUGGCUGAUUUCGUCACUGGUCAUGAAAAUGCUGGUAAAUUAUUCAUGUCUGAGCAUGGGUUAGUAGGAAAGUCGGUUACUUUCAUUGUCGAUAAUUUCAGAAACAACCUCAAUGAUGCUACUGUCAAGCAACGACGAGUAGAGAUCGUGUCCAAGGAAGGUGUCACUGUACAAGACAUUCUCAAACCACAGAGAUUGAUUAUUGAAUCUAGAGCUUUAAUGUACCUUGCUCAAGAGUAUCAGCCAGUCAGUGCUCUCAAUGCCAUUAGUCCUAAGCCCAUUGAGACCGCUGCUUAG